UUCUCGGCCGAGAGGCGAAACGACCCAAUGACUGGGCGGACGUGCAUGUAAUCACGCCAGACCGGAAAAAUUAUAGAUAACAUUCCGACGAAACACGUAGUAAAACCUUUUACGGUUGGAAACGUGGUGUAUUAUAAGGCAAACCAUUUAUCCUACAAACAAAAAAAAUUUUGUGUUGGCUUCGCACAGAAGUGGUGAGGCCACCAGCUACACCGGCGCCUCCAAUGCCCGCGCCAAGGACCCGUCCAGCAUCACUAUCAGAGAUCGUGCGACACUCCUCCACAGCAACAAGCACCGCAGCUGGACCGGCCCCCAUGAAAGUCGAGGACGCCGUGGACGAUUUUGGACGCGCCGUGGACGGGUUCCUUGCAGACUCUCCUUCUCCUCCCCGUUUCCAUCGUGAAACCCUUCGUCCCGAGUAAUCGGGCGAGGAGUUUCCUUCUUUUUUUUCCCCUUCGGUCCUGACGUCAUCCGUAGGUUACGGAUGACCGGACCGAAUAGUCCAUUCCCUCUUGCCAACGAGACUGAAGGUUUCAAUCUAAUACGACCAAAUAAUGAAGUACAUGGUGAAGAACAUGAAUCUAGUAAAAGUCAAUCUUAUGUUGACAAUAUUCUGAAAAGUGAAAAAGCAUCAAUGGAGCGUUUUCUAAAUGCUAAAUUUGAUAAAUUUAAUGAAAUAAUUAAUCAAGCAUCAAAAAAAGUUAAAAAAUUGAAGAAAACACUUCUAAAACAUAAACUCGCCAAUAUAGAAUUAGCAAAAAAGAAUUUAGAUUACGAAAAUACUUUAAAAAUACAGCAAGAUCAAAUAUCAAAAAUUGAAGAAACGAUCAAAGCAAAAGUCUAUAGUGUUCUAGAAAGUGAUUUAUUAUGUCCAAUUUGUAAUGAAUUAAUGGUUAAGGCGUGUACAACUAAUUGCAACCAUACAUUUUGUGAAGUUUGUUUAGAUACUCAUGUUGCAAAAAGGCCUUUGUGUCCUAUUUGUCUAACUUGUGUUAGAACCAAAACUCUUUGUCUAGCUUUGGAUAACUUUAUUACUAAUAUUUGUAAUCUUCUUGGGAAUGAAAUAAAAGAACAUCGGGAAAAAGUACAACAAGAAAAAUUGACAGUUAAUGUCCCACGACUAAAGUAUCCGCUACAAGUUGCUAGAAGAGGUGGUAUAAGAGGUGGUAGAAGAGGUGGUAGAAGAAGUUUAAGAUAAUUUACCUUAUUGUUAAAAAUAAAAUAUUUUCUAUAAAUUAUCUCACCUAUUGUAUUUUAAAUUUUAAUUAAAAGAUAUUUGAUACCAAGCAAAAUGAUAGGUACUUUUUUAACAACUAUGAGCACAAUAACAUAUUAUUUAAUGUUUUUAACACAAAUAUAAAUAAGCAUAAGUAUUUUAAUUAUAUUUUACAUGAACUCUAUUAAAUAAUAAAAUAAAACCUUGGGAGCUAGAGCUAUUGGUUGGUACAUAAGAAUUUUGUUCGC